UUCUUCCAUAUCAAGCAACAAGAAAUUCCUCCAAUUUUGCUGAACUCCAAGCACCAUGCACCUACUAGCAUACAUCUUGUUUCUCACCGCCACAUCGUGCAUGGCUCACUACAGAGGAGGGUAUGAAAGCCACAGAAUGUUCGAGAGGGAUGAACUACACGAAGACUUAGACGGAAUCCUAGUUGAGUGCCCAGUAUGCGAAAGUAACGGAUUACUCCCCACACAUGAACAUUGCAACAUUAUCAGAGGAAACAAGAAAUACAAAAAAUGCGAAUUUGGCACAUAUAAAAACGAAGUCUGCGGCAACCGACGUGAUUGCUACAGGGGACCCGCAGAACAAUGUACUGAAAAAAUGGAGAUUGAUGCCUAUGGUCAGAAAUGCGCUUAUGGCUAUUACUGCGACAACCUUUACAAUGUGUGCGUGGGUUUGGAUUACAGCGUCGAGAGGCCUCUCGGAGUCUAUAACCACCUUUAUCAGUACCCGCUUCGUGAUGAUAAACUGAUUGUGUAGGAAUCUACGAAGAUACACUUCAAAUCUGUCAAUUUAUCCCACCGAACAUAUAAAUAACACUAAUUUAUAUUAAUAGUAAAUAAGUUAAUAAUAUGCAUAUUAACAAAAUAAAGCUUUAAAACUAA